AUGGGUUCUUCUAAUGUCCGUCGGGAAAACUCUCCCAUCGCUGUUGUUGGGCUGGCCUGUCGUCUUCCCGGUGAUGCUACAUGCCCUACCGAGUUCUGGAACCUCAUGAAAGAGGGGAGAGAUGCCUACUCAGCUGAUACGGACCGCUACAACACAUCGGCCUUUUACCAUGCCAACCCCAAGGACCGGCAAAAUGUGCUGCCUACAAAAGGCGGACACUUUAUCAAGAACGAUCCCUACGCGUUCGACUCGUCCUUUUUCAAGUUCACUGCGGCCGAGGCGGCCAUCCUGGACCCCAAGCAGCGCAUAUUGCUCGAGGUGACGUAUGAGGCCCUCGAGAAUGCUGGACUGCCGCUGCCCAAGGUUGCGGGCACGCGCACCGCUUGUGUCAUUGGUACGGCUUGGAGCGACUACCGCGACGCCCUCGUGCGCGACUUUGAGCAGUGGCCGCGGCUCUACCUGAUGGGCGUCAGCGACGAGAUGGUCAGCAACCGUUUGUCGCACUUUUUCGACCUGCGCGGCCCCAGUCUGACGGUCGAGACGGCCUGCUCGUCUAGUCUUGUGGCUAUUCACCAGGCUUGCGAGAGUCUGCGGUCUGGCCAGGCAGAGAUGGCUGUCGCAGGCGGAAUCAACAUGAUCCUAGGACCCGAGGCAACAAUGGAGCUCAACAGUUUGGGUGUGCUCAACCCAGACGGACGAUCGCUCUCUUUUGACGAGGGAGCGAACGGUUACGCACGUGCUGAGGGUUGCGGUAUUGUCGUCCUCAAGCCGCUGGACCAGGCCGUUCGUGACGGAGACCACAUCCGUGCCGUCAUCCGCGGGAGUGGCGUCAACUCGGACGGUUGGACCAAAACUAUCUCGACGCCAUCCGCCUCGGCACAGGCGGAGCUGAUUCGAAUGGUAUACGAGUCCAACGGACUUGACUAUGACGCGACUCAGUACGUCGAAGCUCACGGUACGGGUACCAAAGUCGGAGACCCUAUCGAGUUGGGCGCGAUACACGAAACGAUCGGCCAGAAUGCGAGCGAGUCUCGCAAGCUAUAUGUAGGCAGUGUCAAAGCCAACAUCGGCCAUCUCGAGCCCGCAGCGGGUGUGGCGGGCUUCAUCAAGGGCGUGAUGGCGCUGGAGCACGGCAUGAUUCCGCCCAACGUCCACUUCCACAAGGCCAACCCUCGCAUUCCCUUUGACAAGUGGAACAUGGUGGUCCCGACGUCGCUGACGCCUUGGCCUGCGGCUGAGACUAAGCGCAUGAGCGUCAGCAGUUUCGGCAUGGGCGGCACUAAUGCCCAUGUCGUCCUCGAGGAAUACAAACAACCACAGAAACUAUUGACCAACGGACACAGCAAUCAUGAUACCCCUAAGAAUGUUGUCGACAAGAAGAGGCUAUUCGUCAUUAGCAGUCAUGAUCAAGCAGGGAUCAAGCGUGUGUCGGAUUCACUUGUACAACACCUUCGCAACGUCCAGCGUGAAAACCCGACUUGGACCCCUGAGAAGGGCGAGCCCGAGUACCUGGCUCACCUCGCGCACACGCUUAGCAUCGCCCGCUCCAGUCUGGGAUGGAAAGCCAGCUGCGUGGCGAGCAGCCUGUCACAGCUGGAGACUCAGCUCGCAGCCGCACCCUCCGAGGAGGCGUGGAAGAUCUCACGCGCUUCUUCUGAAGCAACACAACCCCGCGUCGGCUUUGUCUUUACAGGCCAGGGUGCGCAGUGGCCUGGCAUGGGCAUCGAGCUUCUUGCGCGGCCCGUGUUCCGGGAUUCAGUCACCCGGUCAGCCGCCAUUCUCAAGAGUCUCGGCUGCCCCUGGGAUCCCGUGGCCGAGCUGUCCAAGAUGGGCAAGGAGUCCCGGCUAAGCCAGCCUGAGCUCAGCCAACCCAUCUGUAGUGUCCUACAGAUCGCUCUCAUCGACGAGAUCCGGUCGUGGGGCUCUCCGGUCCUCAGCAAGCCGGCCAAGGUCGUCGGUCACUCCAGCGGUGAGAUCGCGGCGGCGUACUGCAUGGGAGCCCUGACGCACCGGGACGCUCUCGUGGUGGCCUACUCGCGCGGCACGGCGUCAGCCAUGUUGCCGAAGGUGGCUCCCCAUUUGAACGGCGCCAUGAUGGCUGCUGGAUGCUCCCGUGAGACGGCCGAGGAGCUCAUCGAGAAGCUGGGGCUAGAUGGGCAAGUCGGCGUCGGCUGCGUCAAUUCCCCCUCCAGCAUCACCCUCUCCGGAGACUCGACGGCGAUCGACUCCAUGGCGGCUGCGCUGGAAGAGCAAAAGACCUUUUGCCGACGCCUCAAGGUCCAGGUGGCUUACCACUCGGCUCAUGUGGCGGUCGUUUCUGAUGAAUACUACCAGGCUAUGGGAGGCUUCGAGCCUGUGGAUGUUUCUGCAGAUGAUGGCGCUCCCCGUAUGAUCUCGAGCGUGAUGGGCGAUGAAGUGACCUCCGAGCAGCUGGGUCCCUUCUACUGGCUGCAGAACUUCCUGUCGCCUGUGCUCUUCUCCGACGCCCUGAAGAAGCUCGUUCAGCCGGAGGGCAAAACUGAGCCCGAGAUCGAUCUGCUCAUCGAGAUCGGACCGCAUAGUACCCUGGGAGGACCCAUCGAGCAGAUCCUGUCGCAUCACGGAGUGAAAAAUGUCGCAUACCAGGCCGUCCUCCGACGUGGCGCUGAUGCAGCCGAGACGAGCUUGCGACUGGCACAAGAGCUGUUCCACCAGGGUAUCCCGCUGGACCUGACCAAGGUCAACGGCGAUCUGUUGUCGGACGUUGACCUGCUGACGGACCUGCCCCCGUACCCCUGGAUGCACGAUAACAAAUACAACGCCUAUCCAAGAGUUCAGAGGGAGCGAUGGUUCCGAGACCAGCCAGCCAAGGGCCUUCUGGGGGCUCCGACCCCGGUAAUGCAGGAGAAGCAGCACGUAUGGCGCGGCUUCAUCCGGCUGGACGACGAGCCGUGGCUGCGUGGGCAUACUGUGGGCGAUACAGUCGUCUUUCCUGCGGCCGGCAUGAUCAGCAUGGUUCUCGAGGCGGUGCAGCAACUGGCGGAGCCGGGCAAGACUAUUCAAGCUCUGCGGCUACGCGAUGUGUCCGUCAUGGCCGCCCUGUCGAUUCUCGAGGGCGUAGCCACUGAGGCCGUCGUCACCAUCGCCCGGGCAGGAUCUGGCCAGGGACCCUGGUGGGAGUUCACCUUGUCGUCGGCCAACACUAGCUCCAGCCAGUUGCGGGAUAACUGCCGCGGACUCAUCGCCAUCGACUACGCGGCUGGAAAGAGUGAGCAUAUGGUGCGCGAGGAGGCGUAUGUGGUCGAGCAGAGGGCAGCACAGUAUCGGGAAGCUGUUGAGGAGCUCCAUGAGACUGUUGCAAAGGACGACUUUUACGCGCAGAUCGCAAAGGGUACUGGCUUCAAGUACGGCGAGUUGUUCCAGGGUGUCGAGGACCUGGUUGUUGGACCUGGCAAGACGCACUUCCGGCUGCGCGUCACCGACAUCGGCAAGACGUUUAGUCAGGGGCAAGCCGGGCCCGACAGCAGCACGCGGCCGUUCCUGAUCCACGCAGCAACGCUCGAUGCCAUCUUCCAGUGCUGGGUGGGUGCCACGUACCGCAACGGCAAGUUGGGCCUGAAGCCGUUCGCACCCACGCGCCUGGGUUCCAUGGAGAUCCGGAUGGACGUGCCCGGUGCUCCAGACGACAUCAUGGCUGGUUUCAGCACUAACAAGCGCCAUGGGUUCCACGAGCAGACUAACGACAUGUUCCUGUUCGACCCGGCGCUCGACAAAAUUCAGGACGAACAGGAGGGCAGCGCCGACGCCGAUACCGUUCUCGACGGGCCCGGCGCUUCCGUCACGGCUGAGGUGCGAUGGGACUAUUCCGUGGGUUUGCUGGAUGACGCAGAUAUUGCCAAGGUGGUGGCACCGCAGACCCCGGCCGAGGAUGGCAUGGCUAAGCUGAUUACCAUGUUGCUCCACGAGAAGCCUUCGGCUGCGGUCGUCGAGCUGGUACAGAACCACAAGGCUCUGCGCCAGGGCCAGUCUAUUGUAAACGGCCUCCUUGGCAACUCCGAGCUGCUACCGCAAGGUGCGGUACCGCCGUCUAAUGUCCGCUACGCCCUGGUGGACGACACGUUCUCAAAUGUUGGUGUCGAUACCGAUGAGACUGCCGUCCUGUUUGGUGAGCCGUUGCCGCUGCAACGGGCCGUCCAGGAAGCCGUGUCUGCGGAUCUCUUGGUCGUUCCGCCGCCGCUCUUCCAGCAAAUUGUGGGCAGUGAAAGCCCGGUACUGGACUCAUUUAUUCGCUUGGCCAAGCCGGAUGCAACUCUCGUCCUCUCCAUCGGCGGUCGUCAGGCUUACGCAGCAGCGGCCUCGUUCCUCCAGUCUAACGGCUGGCGCGUCAAGUCGACAGUUUCUGUAGGUGGCGCGGAAGAUGAGAUCGUAGCCGUGUUGAGAUACUCUCCAGAUUCAGCACAACAGAACGGCGAGACAGUUUCAGCCCAGGAAUUUGUUGUCGUCGUGCCAUCCACAUGCUCAUCUAUCACCCAAGAUUUCUCUAAGACGCUGCAAGACGAGUUGGUUUCUCAAGGAAACAGCGUCGUGGUCAAAGACUGGGAUGAAAUCGUCUCCGAAUCCGGCGUGACUGGUCCAACGUCAGGAGACAAAUCCUCUCCUAUCGUUGUAUCUCUGCUGGAGUUCGAGCAGCCCAUGCUAACUGAUCUUUCUGAGCGUGACUUCCAUACCCUCCGAAGCCUGAUCUUGCAGAGCGAGCGGAUCCUAUGGAUUACCGGCGGCGAAGACCCGUCCUUCUACGUCGUGGACGGACUCGCUCGAACCAUCUCUAACGAGGCGGCCGGCCUGCAAUUCCAAACGCUCCAUCUCAGCAGCCCGGCCCACGGCCCAUCCCUUGCCGGUCGGAUCCUCGCGAGCAACACCCCGGACAACGAGUUCCGCGAGGUCCAGGGCCUGCUACAGACGUCUCGCGUGUACAAGAGUUCGGCGGGCGAACGGCGUAUCGCCCGCCACCUCAAGGAUGCGACGCGCAUCGUGCCCCUAUCUCAGGAGAAGUCACCCGUCCGCCUGGCCAUCGGUCGUCCCGGACUGCUGGACACGCUGCACUUUGUCAAGGAUGAGCGGAUACUCGAGCCACUCGCCGACACGGACGUCGAGAUCCGCGUCCAUGCCUCGAGCAUCAACUUCAAGGACAUCAUGGGCGCCAUGGGCCUGGUCCCGGUGCCGAUGCUAGGUCUGGAAGCCAGCGGCAUCGUGGUCCGGACCGGCGCCGCAGUCACUAACGUCAAAGCCGGCGACCGUGUUGCCGCCCACGCAUAUGGAAGCCACGCCACGACUGGUGCCGCCAUCAACCUGGUGCACGUCACGGCGUACUACGCGCUCGUUCGACUUGCCAAGCUGCGUCAGGGGCAGUCGGUUCUGAUUCAUGCCGCGGCCGGCGGUGUCGGACAGGCCGCAAUCCAGCUGGCCAAGUACCUGGGUCUGGUCAUCUACGUGACCGUGGGCUCCGAGAGUAAACGACAGCUAAUGAGGGAACGCUUCGAAAUUCCCGAGGCGCACAUCUUCUACUCUCGUGACCUCAGCUUCGUCAAGAGCGUCGAGCGCAUCACAAAGGGCCGCGGCGUCGACUGUAUCCUCAACUCGCUCGCCGACGAGCUGCUGCGCGCUUCAUGGGACUCGGCUUGCCUGGCGCCAUUUGGCACCUUUGUCGAGAUUGGCCUACGUGAUAUCACCAAUAACUCACCCCUUGAUAUGCGACCAUUUGUCAAGAACGCGACUUUUGCCUUCUGCGAUAUCCUUAAUUACCCCGUCCAAGACCUCGGUUCCGUCCUCGGUGAGGUGUACAGCCUCGUUGAACAGGGCCAUCUCUCGCCUGCUUAUCCCCUGAAGGCGUACCGUCCCGGCCAGGUUGAGGAGGUCUUCCGCGUGAUGCAGCAGGGUAAGCACACCGGCAAGGCCGUCAUCACCUUCAACACGCUGGGCGAGUCCGACGAAGAUACGCGCGCCCCCGUGUUCCAGCGCGCUGCCGAUCUGUUCCGUCUCGACCCGAACGUCACCUAUCUCCUAGUCGGCGGCAUGGGUGGCCUGGGCCGCAGUCUGGCACGGAACUUCGCCGCCGCGGGUGCCCGGCACAUUGCGUUCCUUUCACGCUCAGGAGAUGCCUCGGCCGAAGCCCGUACCCUGCUGGCCGAGCUGGCCGCGGGUUGGGGUGUUACGGCGCGGGCCUACGCGGCCGACGCAGCCGAUGCGACAUCACUGCAGGUAGCCAUGACGGCGUGCGAGCGCGAGAUGCCCCCUGUCCGCGGCGUCGUGCAGCUAGCCAUGGUGCUGCGUGACGUGGUGUUCGAGAAGAUGGAACACACACAGUGGACGCAGCCGCUUCGCCCCAAGGUAGCCGGAUCGCGUAACCUUCACGAGUACUUUGGCGCGGACCGCCCCCUUGACUUCUUCGUGCUAUGCUCAUCCGUGUCGGGUGUCGUGGGCAACCCGGGCCAAGCGGCGUAUGCGGCUGGAAACACAUACCAGGACGCGCUGGCGGCGUACCGGCGGAAGCGGGGACUCAAGGCCGUGGCGGUCGACCUGGGAGUCAUGCGCGACGUCGGCGUGCUGGCCGAGGGUAACACCGAGAGUGGCGUGCUCGGCCAGUGGGAGGAGGCGGUCGGUAUUCCGGAGCCCGUCUUCCACGCGCUCAUCAAGAGUGCCGUCCACGGGCAGACGCAGGAGCAAGACUCGGAGGAGGCGGUUCCUCCGCAGGUGGUUACGGGUCUGGGAACGGCCGACGUCUGGGCCGCCCACCGUCUUCCUCCGCCGUUCUACCUUGCCGAUCCUCGCUUCGGCCCUAUGGCGAUGACCACGACCGCGGGAUCCUCUUCAGAAGGUGGCAACGCCGAGAAUACCACCGCGGCAUCGCUCGCCUUGCAGUUAGCUGGCGUGUCGUCGAUGCAGCAGGCAGCGGAGAUCGUGACCGAGGCGCUGGUCAAGCGGACGGCUGAGAUCCUGCAGAUGCCGGCAUCGGAGGUAGACCCGGCGCAGCCAUUGUACCGUUACGGUGUUGAUUCUCUGACGGCCAUCGAAGUGCGUAACUGGAUCGCGCGCGAGCUCAAGGCCAACAUGGCGCUGCUGGAGAUUGUUUCGGCCGUACCGAUUCGCGAGUUUGCGGCCAAGAUUGCCGAGAAGAGCCAGCUGGUUAAGGUUACCGAGUAG